ACUCCCCAAAGACCUUCUGUCCCAAACACUGCUAUAGGAUUUCACUCUCCCUGGGAUGUAGAAGAGAGCAGUAGUUGGUGGAAUCCUAGCCAACCCUAAGGAACUGGAUUAACCGUAAAACAGCGCUCCUGGGAACCUUUGAUUCAAACUGUGAUUUGAUUUGUUUUCUGAAACAUUGAAUCUUUGGUCUCAGAUUGCAGUGAUGCCUGUCUCUGGAACACCUGCUCCAAGCAACAAGAGGAAGAAUCCUUCGAAAAUCAUCACAGACUUCACAAACAUCUCACAAUAUGACCAGCAAGAUGAGAAUGCUGAAGCCAGUGAACUGGACUUGGGGACCAAAAUCAAGGCCCCUAGAGAUGUGAUGUUGGAGGAGCUGUCUCUCAUGAAGAACAAGGGCUCCAAAAUGUUCAAGAUGCGACAGAAAAGGGUGGAGAAAUUCAUCGUCAGUGACGAGAACCUGCUAAACCUCCAGAACUUGGUUCCCUCUCUGGAAUGUGAGAUGACCGCUCCACCUGAACCAUCUCCCAAACCAGAGCCACCUCAAGAGGAAGUAAAUGCUGAGGCAGAGAAGGAAAAGAGACGCGUAUCACCAUGGGAACAUGCUAUGAAAGAUGAUGAGGAACUUAAAGAAACCAUGAGGUGGAAAAUGCCAGGGCCUCAAGUUCACAAGGAACUUCCCAAGUACAAGAGUUUUAAUAGAAUGGCUCUGCCCUUUGGAGGAUUUGACAAGGCCUCUCGUCUUGUCACCUUUGAAGCCCCUGAAAUCAAGGCGACCGACGAGGAGCCGCAGCCAGUGCCUGAGUUUAACCUUUGCUGUCGGCCUUCUUUCAACCGCACUCCGAUCGGCUGGACAUGCAAUGAGGAGCACAGCCACAUCCACAUGGAGCUGGACAACAUCCCCUUUGAUGGAGAGACUGACGACCUCUAAGAAACCUGCCCAUCUUAUGUGAACACAGAGGUGUAUAUACACAGCAACAUACAGUACAUGCUUUAACGUAAAGGCCAAAUACAGAUGCGUACAGAGAUACACAGACCAGCAAACAGGGACCUUUUGCACUCACAUCCAAAAACAACAACUGAUUCGUAUUUGCAUGAGAAAGGAAUGAUCUUUGCCUUUCCUCCCAUUGUUUUGUGUGCUGUUUACAAUGGAAACACAUCAUUGCAUGUUGUGAUUUGCUGGUUCAUAUAGUUGGCAGACACAUUAUGCAUUGCAAUGAUCUAUGAUAGACAUAUAAAGUACCUAAAAUGAUCUAGCAUUAAAAUAAACUUUUGUCCCUAAACAGAA